UCGGAAUAUAGACACAUCACGGGUGCCUGUAACAAUCUAAAUUAUCCAUCAUGGGGUGCAGCAAUGACUCCAUUCAGGAGACUGAUACCCAAGAGAGAGGUAAGAUACAAUUGUUUGAUAAUCAAGAAAACAUGAAUAAUGGCUGUCAGCAGCCCAUAACCCGGAGCGAGAGAGCAGCUCGCAUACUAGGCCUGUGCAGCUGCGUUUUCACCGACUGGUUUAAUUUUAGAUACCAGUCUAGAGCAUUUUUUUCCUCAAAAGUGGAGUCUCCACUCCGUCUAUGAGUGUGAUCGAAGUAUAAAAUAUCAAAAAGGAAAACUAUAAAACGUGUUUAAAAGGUCAAAGAUACCAUUUUUCGGUCUUUAGGGUUUUUGACUGGUUUGUGGGACUCUUAAUGCGUGCCAAAAAUGUUCUAAAAAUGAACUGGUUGGUGAAGUCGCUUGCUCCGGGUUAUUAUGAGGUCCUAUGGCUUUGUGCUAUCCUUUGUAUAGAAGAUUUUUACGGUACCUUUUACUCAUGCCCGGGCGCCACGCUAAACCGUGUUUAAAACAGUAAUAGGUUUGUGUCCACUUGGGCAGAAAGAGCCGGGUUGUUGAAGGGAGGGUUGGGGCCUAGUCUGCUACACAGCCGUUUUUAGUGUCAUCACGCAACGCUCACACUAAAAAUGGCUGUGUAGCAGACUAGUUGGGGCCAGGAGAGUUACAAAUCCCAUUCCGACCCAAGCCCAAAUCGAGUCGGAUCGAGUCGUUCUGGUCGUCUAGUCGUUCUUCUACGGCUUUGAUAAAUGAUUUCAUAGAUUUGCAAAUGCUUAGCACGCCUUGUGCCAUUUUCUUCCAGGUUAAUAUGAAUGGGCUCCCAAACGCAAGAUCAGUCAGCAGAGAGCUGUUUCCCCAGAAUGCACCACCAUCUAAUCCGGCAGAGGAGUCCCCAGAAUCUACUUCGCUUACUGACAUGGCAGCCGUGUUUGGCCAGUUCGUAACUCAUGAUAUGACACUGACGUGGCACAAACCAAGUUCUUCCAAUUGCCACGACUGCUUUAACCCUGGUACAGAAUGCUUCGGAAUUGACGUGACGAGUGACGUUAUUUUCAGUGCAAUAAAGUGCAUUCAAAUGAAACGCGCAACAAGAUGCAUAACCGCAAAAGACAACGAAGGAGAGCAAGUUAAUAUAGCCACGACCUUCAUAGACGCUUCGCAUAUUUACGGCAACAACGAUGAUGAAGUCAGAAUAGCUCGCGCCGAAGAUCUGCUAGGUGAACUUUGGCAGGCUGAAAACAAUCUUUUGCCACCAGCGCACGACAAAAAGCCUUUCUGUCGCUCACCAAAUCCUGGUGCUAUGCCAUGCUUUUAUACAGGCGACUUUCGGCGAAAUAACGUCAGUCCAGGUAAAGUUUACUACCCAGCCAGCUGUAUGUGUCUAAAUUUCCAGCAAGUCUUAUUUAGUCUGAAGGCAAGUGUUUGACCUAUAAAGAACUAAAUGUAACGGCUAUAUAUCAGUCGCUAUAUACUAAACCUUUUCCAAACUACUACCGACAAAAUCGGAAACCGAAGAGCAUGUCCCAUCACAAAUUUCAAAAUGGCGAUGCGAGAUUGGUAGAGUUCAUUAGCGCUGUUCAAUAAACGACGAGUCUGGGUUCGUGGGGCCCACUAUGACCAUCUUAGCUUUAAUUAACAUGCUUCAUCUCUCUUAGUUUUAAUGAGUUAUUUGACCAGUGAUGGUAAGUCACUGGCCUAGUCUUAUUCAUUCCUUGUCUCUUCGACGGGGAUAUAAAAGAAAACACACUACUCAUUGUAAUCUGUGAACGAGAACUUAGUACGCAGGUAAUAUAAGUUACAGUAAAACGGGCGACAAAAGCGUCCAAACAUUGCUUGUUUUAAAGCAAUGUUGCUGCAAAACGUUCAAACCUUUUAAAACAAAUCAUGUUGCGAGAAUAUUACCAAACAAAUUCAAACCUGUCUCGCAAAAACAAAACACAUCAGGUUGUUGCAUUCUAUAGACCGCAAACCAAGAGACUGAGGGCUGAAUACCCUGCCUUCUGAUUGGAUAACUGAAAUUACGCGGAAGUCACGCCAUACAUGGUAUUUACGUCACUUGCUGUAAAGCAAGUUCUCCUCGGGCCGAUAAAACGCGCAACAAACGCAGGUUUUGUUGCAAAAAGAACUACUCUCUACUUUCUGCAACAACUUUUCGUAAUCGGCAACAAUCUGAUUUGUUGCUAGACAGUUUGAUUCCAGUUAGUGGUAAGACGUGCAACAUCGCUUUUCAACUCGUUUUGCUGCAAGUGUCGCAAGACAAUUUGCACAUUUUAUGUUGUUCGUUUUACUGUACCGUUAGUCUCCAGCGCCUCCUGGCCUGCCUUUCAUCGGUCUAUUUAUAUGGAACCCAUUCCCGCAGAAGACCUGGCCUCGAGUAAAAGACCAUUCUCCAUUAGGCAAAACAUGAUGCUUUGUAUUCUGAAAUAAUGUUCGUUUUAAUUUCAUCUGAUAAAAAGAAUCCUUAUUAGACUUAUGCAGUUUAUUGCAAGCGACUUUAGUUACAUGGAGUCGAUUUGUGACACUGCAACGUUUCUAUAAAGAAAUCUCAAUGUAUAAUUGCCAUUCUCUUGUAGCCUUGAAUGUCCUUCAUACUAUCUGGGUACGAGAACAUAAUAGGAUCGCCAGGAAGUUAAAGGAAAUAAACACGGGAUGGAACGGAGAGAAAGUCUUCCAAGAAACGCGAAAAAUCAUCGGUGCUAUGAUGCAGCACAUUACUUACAACGAGUAUCUGCCAGCCCUCUUGAGUGAAGAAGUGGUCAGUAUGCUUAUUGCAUUGCUUGAUAUUUUUCAUAGAGGCCCCAUUCACGAAGAAGAAGGUAGGGAGGCAGGGGUCUAAACCUCCCGCCUCUUGUAAUUCUUUUAAAGGCCUUGCAUUUCCAGUUCCGGCCCCUUCUUUCCUGGAUUUCUCCCUUUAGCCCCUUUUCGAGUGCAAAAUAUAAAGCAUUGUUGAGUACUUUCCCCCUUUUUAUCCGGCUUCUCGCCCUUUUAGUAGUACCACCUCCUGCCCUUUCCUCUCCCGUCUCUCGUACACCUGCAGUGCACCGUGCACCAUAAAUGGGGACUGGGGGAAGGGGGAAUAGUGAGAAAAUUAAAGCGCCCUCUUCUUUCGACGCCUGCCACACAGUAGCCUGGGUACCAGUGGUUUAUUCUCGCGUGCGGCGAUUGAGUUGCGCGGAGAUGAUUUGGGGUUGGCCGCAGGCCGAUACUUCUUCGAUCGAAGCUACGAGCGGUACGGCCGCUGUUCGCGAGGGUUACACUAUUAAUUAAGACUUCACUCCAACCGGAAACCGCGCAUGAAAAAUGUCUGGCAUCCAGGGUACUCAGACAGGCCACCUAUUGAACUACCCUUCAACAUUCAAAAAAACGUAACUUUUAUUAUAAAAUCAAAACGAAUUAUAGCGCUUCUGCCUACCUAGAUCUAACAAGAAAGAACCCCUCUAGGAAAACAUUAGUGAAACUGAGAAUAAGCAGUCACAAACUUAGGAUUGAGACGGGUAGAUACGACAAUAUACCACGUGACGAAAGGUUAUGCAUCUCUGCAAUUGUAACAGAAUUGAAGAUGAAACUCACUUUUUAUUUGAUUGUCCAAGUUUUUCUUCGAUAAGAGAUAUGUUCUUCUCUAAACUAGAACCUAAAAUACCGUUUCUACGACUACAAUCACAUGAGUCCUUAUUAUCACAUCUGAUGAAUUCUACUGACUAUUUUAUUAACAUCCAAUUAAUUUCAUUUACAUCUACUUGCUUUGAAUUGAGAGACAAACAUAUCUCAGGAAUAAUUUAUCCUACUGAUGGUUAGAAAUAAACAAUGAUUAAUACAUUUCAAAUUAUUUAAAAUAUUUAAUUUACCAGGAAUCAAUGAUUAAUUUCAAGUAGCUUUUGCAAUACCGUAAUACUUUGUUAUGGUCAUGCAAAUAACCGGCUUAUUGUUGUUGUUGUUGUUGAACUAUAUCUAUGAUGUUGUUUUCUUCAACCAAUUAGCGGAAACAAUAUGAUCUUGUACUGGAAUCAAAUGGUUUCUACGGCGGCUACAAUGUAUCCGUUGAUCCAUCCAUCGCGAACAGCUUCGCAACGGCAGCUUUAAGAUAUGGACACAGCGCGGUUGGAAACUUCUACAAACCCUGCAUACCCACAGCUGAUUUUCAUAACCCUGCUCCGCUGUACGCUGAGAACGGUGUUGAUGCAAUAUUACGAGGCCUACUUAAUCAACCUGCUAGGGAAGUUGACAGGUAUUGUAUAGCCUGCGUAGAGGGUGGUGUUAAGGAUUGUUAUGUCCGGAGUACUUUCCUGGCGGAGGAACCUCGGGCUCCGCCGCCAAAAAACCGCAGAGCUUGCCCACUAAUCCUGCUAACUACAGAGGCUGGGCAUUAUUUUUUCUUUAUGCUGAAGUAAACGUACUGUUUUUAGAAGGGUAUCUCCGUCAAUAGUCUAACUCACGGGGAUUAAAACUGAGAGAGGAGAGGCAUACCUAUGUUCGAUUAGAGUGCUGUACGCCUUUAAUUUGGGCUGAGAUAAUUUAAGUUGCUUAUACAAUGUGUCCCGUCAAUGAUGUCUUCUUGUGGAAGGAAAAAGAUCUUAAUCAAAUCAGCGUUUUGUGGAUUUUAUUACUUAAGCCAGGCGCCUUUGACAGACGUCCUCUCUAUACUGAACCAGAAUUUAUUCAAAGCGAAGAAAAAUACUUCUAAGGAAUACUGAGAGCUUUCACUCAGACAACAUCCUCAGGACCAUAACAGGUGUUCUCUCGUCAGUACUGAUACAACUAUUACAUCAACUUUCUUUUUCCGGCCACGAAACCUUUGUCCCAUGAAUGAGGGUGCCCUCCCUCCCCCCUGAAUAGAGCCGGGACCAUCGCGGCACUUAUUGAAUUUUUCUACUUUUCUUUGCGGUGCUCUUUUGAGGGUGGCGCUUAUGAAUGUUCUCAUUCGCGAAUAACACGCUAAUUAAUAAAUUGAUUGUCAACCAAGACAGAAUAAUGGACCGAGUGAGAGUCGGAAAACGCAAAGUCUAUCUAACCCUUUGAAUUUCACCAAAGUUAAUUUUAGACCAAUUAAUCGCUUGAAAUGAAUCGGAAGUUGGUUUUCGCAGAGGUCCGCAAACUUUUAAUCAGUGUGGUCCAGAGAGAACUCAACAAUCGCCAUUACAAUAUUCUGCAUUGUUUUGCCCUGAGGUAGUAGCAUGUAAACUUGAUGAAGUUUCAAACAAUGAUUUACAAUGUGUGGACGUCCCAGGAAAUAAGCUCUAAAAAUAACUUGAGUGAAAUUCACAUAUCCCGGCCAACGCCCUAAGAUUCUCUCUCUGUUAGAUUAUUCCCGCUCUCUUGGUCAAGCCAGUCGAACGAAUGCUAACAUUCUAACAGUCCUAUUCAGGAUAGCACUAAUCCAGAGGACCAUAUUCAAUUUACACUUUCACUGGUUGCCUUUAAUUCGAAGGUUCUUCUCAUCGGCUGUAAGUCAGAAGCUAAAGCCUGGACCUAACCAGAUCGCUGAUCUUGUUGCUAUAAACAUACAGCGUGGAAGGGAUCAUGGCCUCCCCGCCUUUGGUGAUUUCAACAGGCACUUCGACGUCAACAAUUUUACAAUCCCGGCUGACUUAGAGAACAUGCUGAAAGGGUUAUAUGGCUCGGAUUUGAGCAAAGUUGAUUUAUACGUUGGAGGACUACUUUUGGAAAAUCCCACCUAUGGCUCACAUGUGGGGCCUACCUUCUCUCACAUUUUAGCAGAAGGAUUCGGGUAA